GUGGUGUUUUUCCCUUCAGAAGCAGCACACUCUCCUGUCCCUCCAUCCCCUCCCAUACCACCUGCUUUGCAUUAAGUCCCAAUCCGAUUUCCCCAACUCUCUGGUGUCUGAUUUAAUUUGCCUGAUGUUGCUCCUAAAAUCAGCCCUCCCCAACCCACCUCUCCCCCCACCCCCACACACACACAGCCUCCCAGCUCCCCAUGGGGAGAUCAGUCCUGGGAGAGACUGAUACACCAAGAGUGAGAGAGGGACACAGAGUGUGUGGAUAGCUGGCGCCAGGACAGGAAGGACUGAGGGGGAUCGCUGCGUGACCAGGGGCUCCCAUCCUGACGGGGGACUAAAUCCCCAGGGAACAAAGGGAGUGCAGACCAGGAGGGGACAGGAGCCACCUCACCCCACAGACCACGGUAAGGACAUUCCUUUGCUGUGCUUGCCCUGAGCCUAACUCCGUCUCCUUGGCAUUUGGGUGGCUCUGUAUGCCCAAGUGGGUCCUAGGUGCCUUAUGUGACCCUCUCUGCAAGUCUGGGGGGACCCUGGGUUUUGGUCUCACUUUAUACAUAGAUGUGUAGCCUGUAGAAGGGGAUGUUUCUAUAGGAGGAAGGUUGGGGUUAAAAUCAACUCAUCUCUAUUGUACAUGGGAUGCAGAAACCCCUUCCUAGCAGGGCAAAAUCACAGCAGUUUCCAGCAUGUCACAGGGGUGUAUAACCCCCCUUGUAGGGAGCUGGGAGUCAGACUCUCCAAUAGGACCCCACACACUCAUUGUGCUCACCACCCAUCUCUUUGCAACAAGCUCCUAUCCCCUUUGGAGAAAAAGAGCGAGAUCAGGGUAAUUUUAUCCUUGCCUUUUGAUCUCCGAGGCAGAGGAAGGGGAUCAUCUCUCUAUCCAGCUCUGAAGACACUCAGGGUUACCGGGGCAAGUACACAGCACCUGCCUAGGGAUUACACAGGGACCAUAACAUCCCCUGUUAAUCCUCAGCCCUUCCGUGCCUUUUGCUUUUCUAUUUAAGGCUCUCCAGCCCCAGCUGAGCUGCAGCCCCCUUUCCAAGAUGGGCGAGGCCAGGUGGGCUGAUAUAUACCGGAGGGUUCAAUCCCUGCCCUUGCAGCCAGCCCCUCCCAAUGAUUUUCUCCACUUCUCAUUCAAACAGGAUGAGGUGAUGUGGGUGACUCCCUAGGCAUGCUUACCCCUCGGAGUCAGUGCUGACUCCAGUGCCCCAAUGUGGUACUGGGGGGCUGUGCUGCAGGGCUGGGGGGCACUCUCCACUCAGCCAUUACAGUUGGUUUAUGAUAUGUUUAAUACGCCUGUUCCAGUGACACCCAGGUGCCCAGUCAGUGGUGCUAAGCGCUGUACUAACACAUACAAAGACACAGGCCAUAGCCGGAAGAGCUUAUAGGCCAGGAACAUGAGUGAUACAUGAAGGGGGCAGGGCAUGAUGAUAAUUGAAUAGACCCAUUUUUUAUAAACAAAGAUACAUUUGCUUAGUUUAUUAUAAAUAGAUCAAGAGCCUGCUGGGAUUUGAUUGUUUGCUUAUAGGCAUCACAGCAGAGGAAGAUCAGUUGGAGGCAAAGGUGCUGCCACAGCCCCUGGCUUGAAGUGGUUCCCAUUAUGUACAGGGUCUACAGUUGAUUCAAUGGCUCUCAGCACCCCCACUAUGCAAAUUGUUCCAGCACCCCUGGCUGGAGCCUUUUCAUGGCUAAGAGGCAGCCUGGGAGGAGGCACAGGAAAGUGUUGAUUUCACCGGAAUGAGGAGGAGAAAUGGGUGAGGAGAGGAAAUGUGAUCCACGACAAGAGCGGUUCUUCCUGGUUGAAAGAGCAGAGCCGUGGCGAAGAAAAGAAACUUGAAUAUAAUGAGGGAAGCCAAUGGAGGGAUUCAGCGAAGGGGGCAGACUAGCUCCAAUACCCCAGCAUGGUGCUAGAGAUGCUGUGCUGCAGUGGCCUGGGUGACUCAGUAGGGGGCACCAUCGCCCCCAAGUCACUCCUGACCCCAAUGCCCUAGCACAGUGGUAGGGGUUGCUGUGCUGUUCGAGGUAUCAGCUUCCAGCUGAGUCAUUAAUCAAUAGGCUGACCUAUAUUGUCAAAAUGUACUAGUGGUUUGGGAUUCCUCAGUUUUUGGGAACCCACCUUGAGACACCUUAAAGGGGCUUGAUUUUUGGAAAGUGAUGAGCACCCACCCUCUGAAAACCAGGCCCCUUUAAGAUAUCUGAGGUUGGGCACCCAAAAAUGGAGAUACCCAGAACUGCUAGCUGCUUCUGAGAAUAUAGGCCCUUAAUCUAUGGGUAUUUCCCGCAAAGUCAGGGCAUUAAUUUCAAUGUCCUGGGCCAAUCUCCAGCUUGGGAAGGGGUUCUUAAACUGGCAUCAUGACCCCUCAGGGGUUCACGAGGUUAUUAUGAGGGGAUCACGAGCUGUCAGUCUCCAUCCCAAACGCCGCUUCACCUCCAGCAUUUAUAAUAGUGUUAAACAUAAAAAAAGUUUUUAAUGUAUAAGGCAGGGAAUCGCAUUCAGAGGCUUGCUGUGUGAAAGGGGGUCACCAGUACAAAAGUUUGAGAACCACUGAGCUUGGGGUAGUUCCAUUCUGCUUCCUUUAGUUUUCUUUGCUGAUUAAAUUCUGAGACUGGAUUCUCCUCCACUUCCUGUCCUACAUUUUCAUGCAGUAUCACUCUUAAGCACCUGCCAUGUCCUUCCCCAGAGGCAGCUGCAUUUUAUAGCUGGGAGGUGACUUACUCUCUGCAAAUCACUUUGGGAUGAGGCACAAUGGAGGCUAUGGGGAAGGUAGAGUUAUUAUUAUCUCUCAGCUGUGUCUCCUUGUCCUUCUGAGGCUGAAAACAAUUCCCAAACUUCAUUUAGAAUGUUUCCUCAAAGGGAUUUAAGGGUUCUGAUGGAGACCUGAGGCUGAGCCAUAGCUUCUCUCACUCCCUCUAUAUUUAGCUUUUCUAUCCCUUCUUAACAGUAUUUCUCUGUCCUUUUGAUCCUCCUACCAGCUCUGUAAACCCCUCAUCUUGUGCACCUCCUUUCCAUGUAGCAGCUUCCCACAACUCUGGCCCCCAAAACCAAUUCCAGAGUUCAAAAACAUAGCCAAGGAGAGAGAGAGAAAGAACUGAACAGGCCAUGGGAGGAAAGGCAUAUUGGGUGAGGCUGGAAAUGGGAUGAAGAGUGGGUAAGGUGGAGGAUCCCAGGAGGCUGCUCCAAAUGUGGCAGGAGCUGCAGAGUAGCAGGAUGUUCUCAGCCCCACACGGUGGAAAUGAGGGAGAGAGAAGUCGGUGAAGUCAGCUAAAGUAAGCCUCUGGAAUGGUGUAGCACCCAAACAGCCAUAGGGAGGCUGGAUGCGAGGAAGCUGCAAUUGUCCGGGCCAGAGGAGAUGGACCCUGAGAUGAGGAUUUCAGAAGAGGUGCCUGGAUUUCAGGAGCAGAGGCUGGAGGAGAUGAGCCAGAGAGAAACACCCUGCAAGAUGGGAGGUACAGCUCGAGGACUGCCCAGAGGUGACAGUGAGGAGGUACAGAGAAAUAAUGGCAGGAGUGUAGCACAGGGUCCAUGCAAGGUGAGAGGGAAAUGAUCUGGUUUGACGUGAGUGGAAGCAGCUGAACAGAGCUGGGCACAAUCUCCAGGACAUUGCUGAUGUAUGGGAGGGUGGAAGUGGGGUAAAGAACAGGGUCCAGAAAGAUUGCCUCCCAUGCCUGAAAGGUAACUGAUUCCUGAUUAUGGGGGACUCUAUUCUUCAUCAGUUUGGCCUGAGGAGUUGCAGGCUGGGGAUGGCUGUAUGGGAUACACCCUGAAGUUAAUGGACUAUAAAAAGUGUGUCUGGUAGUGUUGCCAACUCUCAUGAGUUUAUCACAUCUCAUGAUAUUUGAUGCUUUUCCUAAAGCUCCUGCUCCUGGUUCUGUAACUACCUGAGAAUCUCAGCUUUCAUUUAAAAAAAUACAGUUCUAGCCCUUACUGCUGGGGAGAAAAGCUGGGAAACGGGAAAGAAAUAAGGAGGCACAUAUAUUUUUGGUUUAAAUCUCAUGAUCUUGGGGCCUGACUCAUGAUUUUUGAACUAGUGGGGCUGGUGGUGGGAGGGAUCUUUAGGUCCUGUCUCCACUUAGUCAGCUGCUGCAGGAGAACAGGGCCCAGCAGCUUGUGCUGGAUUCUGCCACGUCGCCAACUUUUACUAGAGGAACAAUUCUCCAAGCAGGCUGGGAGCUGGGGGGAAGCAGCCAGUCCUCCCUGUGAAUUCUGGGGGAUUUUAGUGCCUCACCUACCAAACAUCAGCUGGUUGUCUCAGCCCCACCACGUGGUGGGUCAUGCUUACUAACCCCAUUUCAUAGCUGGGGGACCCGGGGUACAGCCACAGAGGAAGCUGGGAUCAGUGUUGAGAUUAUUGUUUUGCUAGCCAUACUCCAUUUAGUCCACAAGAAUAUGCUGCCUCUAAUGUUACUGAGCUGCCCCUCUGGGUGGUCACAGGUGACCCUGACCGCUCAGCCACAGGCAGCUAGCAGAGAGGAGCCUUGGCUCACCCCUACAAGCAUCAGUGCCAGCCCAAGGGUCAGUGACUCUCACAAAUGCAGCCAUGGGCCAUCCCAAAAAUCCAAGGGCUUGUGACCUUGGCUGCUUUCCUGGACUCCAGAGGCUGCCCUGGGGAAGCUUUAGGGAAAUCCAGGAACAACUCCCCUGUUGAUCCUUGCAUUACAUUUUUAAGGCUCUUUGCAAGAAAAAGAGCAAGAAAUCAACUUGUGUGUAAUGAAAGCUGAGAUUGUGCAUUGCAUCUCAAGAGGCACCUGAACAGGGCUUUGAGAACCUUGAAAUGUGGCUCGGGUUGGGGGGACUCAAGGAAAAGCCACAGAAACGCUCAAAGGGUGGUGGAGUUGAGUUCUGGGGAGAGAGAGCUAAAUCCAGCUGGCUUGGCAAAGCCAGGAAGAAAAGGAAAGACUUGAGAAUUGUCUGCAUGUGCUUGAGGAGGGCCCCAGCAGGGGCAACCACAAGGAAGGGGCUGAGACUGAGCCAAGGGAAAGGAGCUCAGGAACUAUGCCCACAGUGCUGAGUGGUCUGUGAGCCCAGGGAGCUGUCUCCCCAAGGACAGGGUCUAGAGCCCAUCACAGGGAAACUGGGAGCUAGAGAUGGAUAAAGCACAGACUGUGGAAAGAAAGGAUUCCCUCAAACAGGGCUAAGGCAACUCCUGCCUAACUGUUGGGAAUGGCCAAAGUAACCCCUCAGGUGCUGGAAGGAGAAAUCCUGCAUGUACAGCCCAUCAUAUUUCUGGGCCUGGGAAAGCUGGGGUCCUGGCAAAGAGUCUGUCACUAACCUCAGGGCUAGCUGGGCCCAAGGAAACCUCCAAACCUGGAGCUGAUCUCUGCCGACAAACAGGUGAGAUGCAAAUCACAUGGGGCCGAUCCGGGAAUCUGACCCCAUCACCGGGGAAAUGUUGAACUAACAAAGAGCAGGUGUGUAGGAGACAGGAUGGGGUCUGCAGACUGGGGCAGGAGCUGGAGUUACUGGAGAAAACUGGACAUUUUAAAUAGAUUUCAGAGAGCUGUGUAACUUACUCCCUCUCCGCUCUGAGUUAGCACAGGUCACAGUGCUGUGUGACGCUAGAGACUUUUUAGAGAAAAUAUGAAUCCUGAUUGCCUGAGAUCUGUCACUCUCCCCAUGAGUUGGGAAAUGAACCGCAUUUUCUAGGCCAAACCUCAACUGAGAUUAGUCCAUUCCUCCUUCCUACAUUCUUCCCACAGGUUCAACCAGAUAUAGCACUCCACUUCCUGUCCCAAAAGUGCCCUGUAAUGCAGCUGUUAAAUGGCUGCCAAGUCCCACUCCAGAGAUGGCUGCAUCUUAGCAGGACUCAGGCUAUCCCGAGUGGAGGGCCCAUUGCUAGCCGAGCAAGAUGGGUGAAAUGGAACAGAUGAGGCAGGAGGCCGAGCAGCUGAAGAAGCAGAUUGCGGAUGCACGGAAAGCCUGUGCUGACACUACACUUGCUCAGAUUGUGUCCGGGGUGGAGGUAGUUGGACGCAUUCAGAUGCGUACGCGGAGGACCCUGCGUGGGCACCUGGCCAAGAUCUAUGCAAUGCACUGGUGCACGGACUCCAAACUCCUGGUCAGUGCCUCGCAAGAUGGAAAACUGAUCGUAUGGGACACUUACACAACCAAUAAGGUUCAUGCCAUCCCUCUCCGCUCAUCCUGGGUCAUGACUUGUGCCUACGCCCCCUCAGGGAAUUUUGUGGCCUGUGGGGGUCUCGACAACAUGUGCUCUAUCUACAGUCUCAAGACUCGUGAAGGUAACGUCAAAGUGAGCAGGGAGCUCUCGGCCCACACAGGUUACCUCUCUUGCUGCCGAUUCCUGGAUGACAAUAAUAUCGUGACGAGUUCCGGAGACACCACAUGCGCGCUCUGGGAUAUUGAAACAGGACAGCAGAAGACUGUGUUUAUGGGUCACACUGGAGACUGCAUGAGCCUGGCUGUCUCCCCAGACUUCAAACUAUUUAUCUCCGGGGCCUGUGAUGCCACUGCCAAGCUGUGGGACAUACGGGAGGGAACCUGCCGUCAGACAUUCACAGGGCAUGAGUCGGACAUCAAUGCCAUCUGUUUCUUCCCCAAUGGUGAGGCCAUCUGCACCGGUUCAGAUGAUGCCACCUGCCGCCUCUUUGACCUGCGGGCGGACCAGGAGCUCAUCGUCUAUUCCCACGAGAGCAUCAUCUGUGGAAUCACCUCAGUCGCCUUCUCCCACAGUGGGCGUCUCAUGCUCGCUGGAUAUGAUGACUUCAACUGCAACAUCUGGGACUCCCUGAAGGGGGAGCGUGUGGGGAUCCUGUCCGGUCACGACAACAGGGUGAGCUGCCUGGGGGUGACAGCAGAUGGCAUGGCCGUGGCUACUGGCUCCUGGGACAGCUUCCUCAAGAUUUGGAACUGAAGAGGAUGAUGGGGAAAGAGAUUAUUGGGAGGAGGGUGUCCACACCAAACACAUUGUCAGUUGAGCACAAUUGAUAUUUCUACCUGUUAGUCACAGGCAUGUCUCUCUCUGAGUCUCUUUUGGGGGCUCCCUAGUCUGCAGGAGGGGUCUAGGGGAAAGGAGCCCUCCAUUAGCUGUUCCCAACCCACUUCCUAAAUAUGCCAUAAGGCUUUCAGCCUGGGACAGUUGUAGGACCCCACAUAAGUGAGACUGUUUUGCAAGCUUUAGGACCUUGCACUGCACGCUCCGUGACACCCGUUCCUCCCUCAACUGACUCCACACCAUUUUAUCCCUACAUUGCUUCCCCACCCCAACUACCCACCAGAAAGACAACCACCAUUCCCUGAAAAAGACCUCUUCUUGAGGCAGGGACACACCCCCCCCACAUAACUACAACCAUUUCUCCAUACACACCUCCCCUAAUCCUCCCAAAGAGAGAGACCCUCCUCCUUGCACACAGGGGUAUAGAGAAGAGAUUUUAGCCAUCUAGGACUCUGCAUCGAGCUUUGCUAAGAGGGGCUCAUUUCUGUGGACCUCCUCCUUUCCCACACCAGUUAGCUCUUUUAUCUAUGCAUCAAAUGGGGGAGGGGAGUUUACUGCCCCAUCUAGGGCAUCAAGGGCAGGGAAACGUUAUUUUUAUUUCUAUAGCUAUCCCCUUCCCCAUACCCACAUGUGCUGUGUAUUGCUCUUGCCCUUGCAUUAGCCUGUAGACCACCUCAGCCCCUGCUUUCAAGAUGUAACUAUCAUACAGGAGUUUCAGGCAAAAUAAAGAGAUCAAGUGAGAUGCGUGUGCUGCAUCAUUUGAGAUAGACACUGGACUAGGCUACUGCAAAUGGUGC